ACUUGGGACAGCGCGCGGUGUUGUAGUAUCCAGCAUAUUAUACGCAGUGAGAGACCUUUUGACAUCUUCUUUUCUUUGAUAUUCUACUGUUUCUCCCUCGUUCUAAACAAAUUAUUUUUCGAAAUGCAGUCCACGACGGCAACAGAUUCACUCGUUCGACUUCAGAAUGUCGCGAAUCAGUUUCCGCUAAAAGCCAGCAACGGCAGCAAUAACGCCGUUAAAAAUAUCCUUCACAAUGACAACAACAACGAGCAGCAACAAGUGGUGGAGCCGCAGUGCAGCGAAAAGAACAACUCAUUUGACACAUUACCAGCUGAAAUUCAACUCAAGGUGUUUGAACACCUUUCGUUGCGCGAUUGCGUCCUAGCCAGCAUUGUUUGUAGAAGCUGGCAUGAAUUGGCUUUACGUCGACCAAGUCUUUGGCGUUGUCUUGUUUUUGACGACAACCGCAGUGCAACGGCUCACUUACAAACGUACUGUCAACGCCAAUAUAUCAGGAACACGUUUGUGCGUGAAAUAAAGGUCCGCAGAGCGGUCGGUGAACGUUUGUCCGAAAUAUUCGGCUUUGCUAUGGAACAUAAAUGGGACCAUAUCGAAAAAGGUAAUGCAGAGCAGUGUGUGCUUUUCUCUCUUAUUCUAUCGUGUGUUCCUUGUCGUAAAAGCAUGAUAAGCUGGUGAAUGUGUUAUAUAGCUGCUUAAAAAACGAUAUCCUUUCGUUUAUCAGUGACCAUUCGAACUGCGGUGCUGAACGCGUCGCUACCUGCGUUUCUGAACACCAUCAGUAGUACAAUCACUAGUUUGGUGCUCAAAUA